AUGGAGCGAAACACCUCGCCCUCCCCAACGCCAGAGGGCUCAGGCUCUAUUUACUCGUACAACGCCCGCUUGACCCCUGAGGCGUCGCCUGCCGCCGCCGCAACAAUGUCCCGCAUCAACAGUGUGCGUGAGGACACGAGCAUGACGGGUUUGCGGCGCUCGGGUUCUGGCGCACGAUUCAGUCACCACUCGCGCGGCAAGUCGAUUGACCUCGUCCGAGGCAAGUGGGAAGCCAAGAUAGAGGCCGCUGCUGCUGCGCCCGAGGAGACGCCGACUGUGUCCAGGCGGCCGAAGAGCGUACUCGAACCCAGGUCGCCGGCGCCGAACGUUCCCCACGCGCCCUCGCCACUUUCCAAAGGCGUAGAGGUUGAGGCCCCGAUACGCGUCACGGCGCCUUGGUCCCCGCUCAAGCCCACGAUCUCGACCCCGCUCAAACCUGCCUCGCCCUCGCCCCAGCCGCCAGCUCCCCAAGGCGUACCCAAGGUAGCCUUCCCUGGUACCGAGGAGCUUGCGACCGAGCCAGAGGCCGACGUGUUUGACGAGUUUGGGUUGCCGCCACGGCUGGCCCUGUCUUCGCUUACCGACCUCUCGUCCGACUACACCGGGACAUCGACCAUGCGGAGCAACCGCUCACAGGCCGACACGCUGGCAGACGCGCGUGCCAACGCCCUCCGGCGUCUUGAAGCAAAGAAGGCCGCUGGUGAGCCAGUGCAGGAACCCAGGAUUGAGAUCCCUGCCUUGCCUGUCGCGAAGGAACUCGAUCUUCCUCCCCUACCGAUCCUCGACUCGUUUGGCAUGAUGAAAUCGACGCCGACACGUCUGUCCAAGCUCAUGCCCAAGAAGUCCGAGCCCGAACUCGCACCCCCAGACAACGUGUCCAACUCGAAACUCGAAAUCCGGGACAAAGACGUCAAGCCUACCGCGACCCCGCCCCGCCAGCGAUUACGGUCCAUCAAGCGGGGCCAGACUCCCAAGACGCCGACCGCCGAGGCAACCCCGACUCCCGAAGCCACCGCGCCCUUCAUCGAGCCCGCCAAGCCCCCUGACAAGGGGUCUAGCAAUGUAGCAAAUGCACCCACCGACACUUUCUCCCGCCAGAGGCUCAAGUCCGUUCCUCGUCCCCCUGUCGAUGCUCCCUCGCCUGCCGAGUCCAGGUCUCAGUCGUUUACCGAGCGCAAGCUGCGGCCCGUGUCGAUGGUCGAGACCGUCUCUACCUCUACCGAGAGGGUUUUGCCCGCGAAGCCCGCCGAUCCACCAGCGACGCCGCUGAUAUCUCAUCGCGCCUCGCUCAAGUCGAUACCCCGCGCGCCUGUGGAAACGUCGUCACCUGUCAACUCGAGGCCGCCGUCGUUUGCGGAGAGGCGGCUCCGUCCAGCCUCGAUGAUCGAGGUGUCGUCACCCACGUCGUCGCCCAAGAUCUUCCCAGCACAAUUAGAGGCCAAGUCUUCGCCCAAGACGACGCUGGUGCCGCUUGAAGCCCAGCCUUCGCUCAUGGUCGCUCGGGUACCGCUGGAGGCGAAGCCCUCUCCCAAGGCUGAGCUACCAAUCGCUCUGGCACCAGCUCGUCCGAGAGCAGAGCCACCGGUCUCUCUCAUCGCGGUUGACCCUUCCCCGGCACCUGAGAUCACAGCCGAACCGACUCUAAAGCGGAAAGGCUCGGUCCUCAGCCGCGUCCAGGCGAUCAACCAGCCAGCAGGCCCCAGCGUCCCAGAGACCACACGUGUCCCAUCCAAGGACGAGAAGUCUGUACUUCGUCGGCUGAACGGCCUCAACCAAUGCCGCGCGCAAGCGUCCAAGCCCGUGAUCAUUCCUGGCAGAGAUGCUGGUGACAUUACCCGCCGGGUGAAGAGCAUCGAUCAGGCGCCAGAGGUCGUGCAGACGUCAAAAGCGGUGACUCUCCCAGGCCAUGAGACGGGUCACAUCCACAGGAGGAUACAAAGCAUCGACCAGUUACCUGAUCUCGUUCAGACCUCGAAGCCCGUCGAGAUCCCUGGGAAACCGGCAGGCCAUAUUCACAAGCGGAUCCAGAGCAUUGACCAGGCGCCCGAAGAACCAAAGUUGAAGGAUACGACCCGCAUUCCCUCGUCGGAGAAGGAAUCAGCGGUCCUGCGAAAGGUGAAGAGUAUCAACCAGUUACCGACUGCUCCGCAGACGUCCAAGCCUGUCGUCUUCUCCGGGAGCGAAACGGGAAGCAUUCACAGGAGAGUGCAGAGCAUCGACCAGGGUUCCGCGCCUCAGCUUAACCGGUCGGAACCGGCACCAGCUGUUGCUCGCAGCAGUGGCGUCUUGCGCAAGGUCCGCAGUAUCGACCAGGGGCUGCGGGAUCCUGCGCCCUCUGAACCAGCAAAGAGAGAGCCGUUCCCAAAGGCUCCGUCGACUCCGUUACGCCCGCGGCCUGCCCCCGCCGGCGGCGAUGUGUUCUCCAUGGCCAAGGCGACGGCGUUAGACUCUCCAUCCAAGGACAGCGUGCUCGACUCCCCAUCCGGUGGGAAGCCUAAGGUCUCUGGCUUAGGUUUCCGUGCCCCGAAGGGGCCUCCCAAAGCAGGAUCUGUCUCGUCCAUGGCCAACCGCUGGACGGCGGGUGAUGCUACCGGCAGCAUGCCGUCUCGUGGUAGUCGUGUCCCGUCGCUGGGGAGCGACAGGCGACGGCUCGGCAAGCAUCUGCCGCGUAUCGUGUCUGGCGACCAGGGCUGGGACGGCGAUGGGGGCAGGACAGGCAUCUCACGUGUGCCGUCGAGCUCCCGAGCUCGCAAGGUAUCUAUUGGUGGCUCAAUGGCGCCUGCGACCGAGUCGGUAGAGGAGAAUACCCCUCCCCGUAACCGAACACUCUCGACAUCGACGGUCAUCGAGUAUCCGUCACCGACGAGCUCGUACGCCCCGUCUGAGCGUGCACCGAGCACGUAUGCCCCGUCUGAGCGGGCGAUCAGCUUCGCUACAUCGGAGCGGCAGCCUUUAUCCCCCGCUUGGCAGAAUCAGGAUAACACUGGCCGUCACCCCACGACGCCACGGAAACAGUCGUCGAAGAGCGGCCUGAACUUUAUCACCCCCCGUGCAGAGGUGCAAGGUGCAGAGAUGAAGGGUCUCAUGAGUGCCGUUGGAGCAGCCUCUGCUCGCGCCGCGGACACGUCCCAAAGGGACGCUGCCACGGGCAUGCCAAACCGAUUGCGACUGUCGUCACGCCUUCCGCUCGCCGCUUCGUCUGCGGCCAUGGCACCCGCCCCGUUACCGUCGCGCCGCCUGGCUGCUCAGAACAACAACUGGAUGGAUAGACAACGACACGUGCUCGCCGCGUACGAAUACCUGUGUCACGUUGGUGAGGCGCAGCAGUGGAUCGAAGGCUGUCUCGACGAGGAGCUAGGCUUCGGUGUCACUGAGAUGGAGGAAGGCCUCCGCGACGGCGUCGUGCUCGCCAAGCUCGCGCGCGAGUUCCAAGGCGAGGAGAUCGUACGUCGCAUCUGGACUGAGGCCAAGCACCGCUUCCGCCAGAGCGACAACAUCAACUACUUUAUCAACUUCCUCCGCACCGUUGGGAUGCCCGAGACGUUCGUCUUCGAGCUCACGGACCUCUACAACGCCAAGAACAUUCCCAAGGUCAUCUUUAGCAUUCACGUCCUCAGCCACUUGUUGGCGCGCCUGGGUCGUGCUGAGCGAAUGAACAACCUCGUGGGCCAGUUCGAGUUCACCGACGAGCAGCUUGCUGCCACGGAGAAGGGUAUCCAGGGUAUCGCGAUGCCCAACUUCGGCCAGGUUGGCCAGACCCUCGCCAAAGAGGCCAGCUGGGAGGCGCCCGAACCGGAGGAGGAAGAAGAGACUGAAGAUGAAAAACGCGACCGUGAACUCCUCGAGUGCGAGAGCUCGAUCCGCUCACUGCAGUGCCAUCUUCGCGGUGUGCGUGCUCGCCAGCGAGUCUCACGCAAGAAGGCUCAGAUCGAACUUGCUGCUCCGAUCUUCGCUCGCGUCCAGGCUCAGGCCCGCGGUCAGUUGACCCGCAAGGUCGCCACUUCGCAGAAGCAGACCCACCGUCAGCUCGGCACGUGGGCUACCAAGCUGCAGGCUGUCGCCCGCGCUUCUAUGGUGCAGCGGAGCUGGAAGGCAUACUUGGAGAAAGUCAAGCGCUGCGAGCUCCCAAUUAUCCGCGUCCAGGCCGCUGCUCGCGGCAAGCUCGCGCGUAUGCGCAGGGCCAACCUCAAGAAGAACCUCGCGCGCCGGCGCCACGCCUUUGAGGCCAUGCAGGCUCACGCUCGUGGCCAGCUUGUCCGCCAAAAGUUCAGGGAGAACAAGCAGGCCGUCCAUCAUGCAAGCACGGUCAAGAUGGCCACGUCCAUGCAAGCGCUCCUGCGUGGGCGUCUCUCGCGGGCCAAGGUGUCUAAGGAGCAGAAGGUGGUUCAGGUCCACACGCCAAUCUUCAUCUCGCUCCAGAGCCACCUUCGUGGUGCGCUCAUCCGCCGGCAGCACCGUGCUCGCGAGAAGAACAUGGACGACGCUACCGACUACAUCGUCGCUAUCCAGGCCGUCGCUCGUGGCGUGCUUGCCCGCCGUCGCAAGCAGGUGUUCACCAGGGAAGCCGUCAAGCUCACUACCUCCAUCUCCAGCCUCCAGGCUCUCGCCCGCGGUCGUCUAGCCAAGCGUCAGCAUGACAACAUGCAGAAGGCCCUCGCCAAGGUCGAGAUGGCGGGCUCGGUCGGCGGUCUCCAAGCCUUCCUGCGCACCAAGCUCGCCAAACACAAGACGGUCGAGCAGAAGAAGAAACUCGAAUUUGUACAGCCGGACGUCAUCGGCUUCCAGGCUGUUGCUCGUGGGUUCCUCGCACGGCGCGAGUACCGCGAGUGGCGCGACUACCUGGUCGACCCAUACACGCAGGGCGCGCUCGUUUACUUGCAAUCCCUUAUCCGCGGAUACCUCUGCCGUCGCAAGUUCUGGAUGCGCUACACGUACCUCCACAACAACCAGCAUAAGAUCACUAAGGUCCAGGCUAUCUGGCGUGGUCGCACCCAGCGGCAGAUGUACCAGCGCCUCAUUACAGGUGGUGGUGUCGACGUGCCGACGAUCCAGCACUACAUGCACCUGCUGGACGACACAGAGAACGACUUCGGCGACCAGCUCCGCAUUGACACAAUGAAGAAAGAGGUCAUUGAGCUCGUCCGCACGAACCAGAGUCUCGAUACCGAAGUCAAGGAGCUCGACACAAAGAUUGCCCUCAUCCUCAAGAACAAGAUGACGUUUGAGGACUUGGCACGUGCGAAGCGCACACGCGGUGUUCCUCACGAUGAGGAGACGUUCCACAACCCAGGCGGCGGCGACCCCUUUGUCAGCGUCCACCUUGACCGCGCAAGCCAGCGCAAGCUCGAGCUGUACGAGCACCUCUUCUUCACACUCCAGACCCAGCCACAGUAUAUCUCCAGAUUGCUAUGGACACUUGGCGCAGACGAGGCACGCGAGAAGGACUGCCGCCUCGUCGAAGCCGUCACGUUGAUCCUCUUCGGCUUCGGGCACGACCGUCGCGAGGAGUACCUCUUCCACAAGCUGUGCCAGAUCAGCAUGCACGAGCAGAUCCUCCGCUCGCGCUCUCUCGAGGAAUUGGCCACCACGAGGUUCUCUAUCAUCCCGGUUGUUAUGCAGUACGCCAAGCCAGCCCUCAAGCCGUUCCUGCACAACGCCCUAACGGCGCACAUCAACCGCAUCAUCGCGUCGGACGACCUUGACCUCUCGACGGACCCCGUUGAUCUGUACAACCGCCUCAUAAACGCGGACGAGGCUCUGACCGGCAUAACGAGCUCGCUACCGCGCGACUUGACGGCCGACCAGAUCCUCCAGACCCACGUCGAGACGCGCACGAUCUACAUCCACCACCUCCAGGAGCUCCGCGCGCUCACCGACUUCAUCGCAAAGGAGAUCAUGGCGUCGACGUCCGCGAUGCCGUAUACGAUCCGUCUCCUUGCCCGAGAGGCACUUUUCGCUCUGCGUGUGCGGUAUAGCGACCACGACGACUCGCAGCUCUGGCCGAUUGUCGCCAAGUCGGUUAUCAUGCCGUUCAUCAUCCCGGCCCUCGUGGCGCCCGAGACAUACGACAUCGCUGUCAACGUCAACACGGUUCAGCGGCGCAACCUCUCGGCGAUCGGCACGCUGCUGGGCUACGUUGCUGGGCAAGACUUUGCCAAACGGGACCGCCUCGUGCAAGUCCCGCUCAACGAGUAUAUCAGAGCAGAGGGCUUCAACAUGGGCGACUGGAUACUGGACGUCGCUGAAGUCGACUUCCACGUUCAGGAACUGCUCGAGUCGACGACGGAGGCAACACCGAUCUCGAUUACGCGCAGCGACAUCUACGGCUUAUUGGGUAUUCUCAUCCGCAACUCUGCCACUUUGACUGCGAAUAACAAGAACGACCCGAUCAAGAGUGUGCUUGACGAGCUCGAGGGGCCUCCUUUGGAGUUCGACAAGAGCGACAAGACGGUGCGCGUGCAUCUCACCAACCGUCUUGCGCAACUUCAACCGUCGGAUCCUAAGGCUGCUCGGUUGCGGGAGCUUGAGGUUCAGGCCAAGCGCCACGUACUCGCCGUCCUCCGUAUUCAGGCAGGCAAAGACCUCUUCGAGGUGCUCACUAUGCACCCCACCGCCGCGGAUGAGCACCGAUGGGUCGAAGCCGUCCACCGUGACAUCGCGUUGGAGCAGGCGCGUCUGGCGCGCCACGACCUCCCACCUACGCCUGCUGAGGCCGAGUACCAGCUCGAGAGCAUUCGCUCGCUCCCGUUCCACGAAGUCAAGGCGCGCGCAGUCGAGUUCUGCAUGGCGCUGGCAGACGCCGGCAGGCUAUCGCGCGAGGACCACUUCCAGGGGUUACUUGUGUCGAUCGCCGGCGACAUCCGCGAGAAGCACCGCCUGCGCCAGAAGCGCAAGGUCGACCUGCGAGCCAUGUCGGAAGCGCACGCCAAUCUCUCGGACAAGCGCCAGAACUUUGAGGAGCAGAUUCAAAGCUACCACAACUACAUUGACACGUCGAUGGCCAACCUCCAGCAGAAGAAGAAGACGCCCUUCAUGUCCCGACAGUACUGGCACCAGCGCAAGCACAAGAAGGACAAGUUUGGCUCGUACUCGUACACUGCCAAGGUGCUUUACGAGCGCGGAAUACUGCUCAGCGUCAACCAGUUCAGCCCGCGGCAGUUUGACCAGAUUCACCUCAUCAUGUCGUCCAACACGGUUGGCGUGUUCUCGCUUGAGAUGGCGCUCCCGACAGGCUCUAACGAGCUCCCAAGAGAGGAGCUGCGAAUGGAGGAUCUCCUCCAGGCACAGUUUGACAACAACACGCGCCUCGACCUUUUCGACGGCAUGGCCGCGUUCAACCUCAACACGCUGAUCCACCAGAUCAACAAGAAAUUCUAUGCUUCCUAG